AUGAGGCUGUUUGAGCUGGCCCGGGACCAUAUGCAUAGCACAGGGCAGUACAAUGUGCUUGGUGGAAUCGUGUCUCCUGUGAGCGAUGCUUAUAGAAAACAAGGCCUUGUUCCAGCUAGACACAGAAUAGCCAUGGCGAAGCUGGCUCUGAAGACCUCUGACUGGAUUACGGUUGAUGAAUGGGAGAGCCAGCAACCAGACUGGAUGGAGACUGUGGUCACCAUGAGAUAUCAUUACAAUCGUAUUCUUCAGGAACAACAGAAAAGCUCGACAUUUACCAACCCCAUUUCCAACUCAAGUCCAACUGUCCAGCUGAAGCUUCUUUGUGGAGCAGAUUUUCUUGAUAGUUUUAAAACCCCAGGGCUGUGGUUGGAUGAGCACAUCGAGGAAGUGUCUGGUCGUUAUGGCCUCGUCUGUAGUGGAUAA